AUGACAACGUAUUUUAAGCUGGUGAAAGGUGCUACUAAGAUCAAGUCGGCUCCGCCUAAACAGAAGUACUUGGACCCGAUCUUACUAGGGACUAGCAGUGAGGAGGAUUUUUAUGAGAUCGUGAAGGGUUUGAAUUUCCGAAUUAAUGACACGGCUUGGACUAUUGUGUACAAGUCUUUGUUGGUGGUGCAUUUGAUGAUACGGGAGGGUGCCAAAGAUGUUGCAUUGCGGUACUACUCUAGGAAUUUGGAGUUUUUUGAUAUUGAGAACAUACGUGGUUCCAACGGCAGUGCGUCUGGAGAUAUGAGGGCACUUGAUAGGUACGAUAAUUACUUGAAGGUCAGAUGUAGAGAGUUUGGGAAAAUCAAAAAGGACUACGUGAGAGAUGGUUACCGGACGUUGAAGCUGAACAACAACAACUACGGAAACUCGAGAAACAAGCAACACUCCAUCAAUGUUGCAUUGGAUCACGUGGAGUCUUUGGAGGUACAAAUCCAGGCUCUUAUUAAAAACAGGUAUACGCAGUUUGACCUGAGCAACGAACUGAUCAUAUUCGGAUUCAAGCUGCUUAUUCAAGACCUGUUGGCUUUGUACAAUGCUCUCAACGAAGGUAUCAUAACUCUACUGGAGUCCUUCUUUGAACUGUCUCAUCACAAUGCAGAGAGAACUCUGGACCUGUAUAAGACGUUUGUGGAUCUGACCGAACAUGUUGUCAGGUACCUGAAGAGCGGUAAGACUGCGGGCUUAAAGAUACCCGUCAUCAAGCACAUCACUACGAAACUGGUCAGGUCGCUAGAAGAACAUUUACUAGAGGAUGAUAAGACUCACAACACGUUUGUGCCAAUCGAGGGAUCACCAGGCAGCACUGGUGCAAUGGGACCCAAGUCUACUGCACAGGAAAGAUUGGAGCAAAUUCGUGAACAAAAGAGGAUCCUAGAGGCACAAUUGAAAAAUGAGCAGGUGGCAAUAUCUCCCGUGGUGACCACUGUCACGCCGGCUCAAUCUUACAAUCCAUUCGGAACAGAUUCUGCUGCGCACACUAACUUUCCGAUGGCGGGUGGUAAUCAAAUGCAACAAAUAGCAAACAAUCCAUUUUCAACUCAAGGGCAACAGCAAGCCGUAAGUUCACAAACUGCUCGUGCAGAGCCUCCAACUCUGAGUGCUCCAGAAUAUGCAAUGGUCCAGCAAACAAUGAACACGAGCUCUAUGCAAGAUCGUGGCAUGAGUGCUCAACAGACAGGCUACUAUUCUAUAAAUAAUUAUAUGACUCCCACCUUCACAGGUGCAGGAUUUGGAGGAUACUCCGUUUCACAGGAUGCAACCACUGGUUCCAAUCAACAAAUCUCUCAACCACCAACUGGUUCUAACAAUCCAUUCGCAUUGCACAACGCUGCAACCAUUGCCACGGAAAAACCCGCACUGGAUCCUGCUCUGAAUAACCCAUUUUCACGACCAAACUUCAACGAACAGAAUACUGGCAUGCCAUUGCAGCAACAGGUAAUAUGUAAUCCUUUUCAAAACCAACCGUUUGAUCAACAACAACCAAAAAUGCCCUUAAGUACAAUUAAUAGUGUUAUGACCACUCCUACAAGCAUGCAUGGUUCAAUGAAUAUUCCUCAACGUUUCGAUAAUGCGGAAUUCCAAUUCCAGCCUCACUACGUUCAAGAUCAUCCACAACCACAGCUACAACCACAGCUACAACCACAGCUACAACAGGGGUACUACCCCCCAGCAACUGCAGCUGUCAACCCUACUCCAAAUAUCACUGAGACUGUUCAACCUCAGACUGUUCCUUUUUAUCCACAGCAGCCACAGCCAUCUCAAACGCACCAACAAAUUCUAGGAAACCAGUAUACCAACAACUUCAAUUUGAUUGAUAUGUGA